AUGCCGCCAGGUCACCUGCGUCUCCCGGCGCUGCAGAUCAGCUGACGUUUGCGUCUGCCGGAGUGCCGGGUGAGUCCCAUGGGCCUGGCUGUGACCUUUCCUGCCCCACACAUGGCAUCAGGGGCAGGGCAAGUUAGUGUGGCUUGGCCAAAUGGCCUCAGAAGCCCAAUGGACCUAAUUAAGUCUAUGGGGUGGAAGUUCCCCACACAGAAAGGUGUCAGGGCCAAGUUCAGCUUGAUGUUGUGACUCCCCUCUCCCAGAACCAUAGAAUUUUAGAGUUGGAAAGGACCACAAGGGUCAGUUACUCCAACUUCCUGCAAUGAAGGAAUCCUUUCCUCCUGACUUGUCUUCUUCUUCUUUGGCGAUCCCUCGUAGCCGAGUAAGAUUGUCUUUCAUAAACACGGUUUUAACAGUGAGUCCGUAAGCGACUGUGGAGGCCAAUUCUGGACCCACACGUCCUUCCACAGUGGGGACAUUGGUUUCCGGGCAGGAGUUGAUCACGGUGAGGGUUUGCCAAGUGUGCCUUCCUCUUAGCACCUUUCUCCCUUGCGUCCUGAGUUCGAGUGUCUUCAAAGCCCAUGACACCUUUGGUGAAGGCUGUUCUCCAACUGGAGCGCCCGCAGGCUAGUGUUUCCCAAUUGUCGGUGUUUAUACUACAUCUUUUAAGAUUUGCCUUGAGAGAAUCUUUAAACCUCUUCUGUUGACCACCAGCAUUACGCUUUCUAUUUUUAAGUUCGGAACAGAGUACAGUGGUACCUCGGGUUACGUACCGUAUUUAUCGCACCAUAGGGCGCACCGGACCAUAGGGCACACCCAGUUUUUAGGGGGGGAAAUCAAGAAAAAAAAUACCCCCCCAGCCCCAAAGAGCAGCGUACAGGCUGCACACAACCUCUCCCUGCCAGAUAGAUCCCGCUCGCUGUUUUGGCUUCCCCUUUAGCCCCGUGCAGCCUCUUCUUGCCGGGAGACGCUGCGCAGGGCUAAAGAAGCCAUAGCCCCGUGCAGCCUCUCCCUGCCGGAGGGGUUGCGCGCGGCUAUGGCACAAGCCUGCAUUCGCUCCACAGGACGCACACACAUUUCCCCUCAAUUUUUGGAGGGGAAAAACUGCGUCCAAUAGAGCGAAAAAUACGGUACUUAAUUCGUUCCGGAGGUCCGUUCUUAACCUGAAACUGUUCUUAACCUGAAGCAGCAUUUUAGCUAAUGGGGCCUCCCGCUGCUGCCGCACGAUUUCUGUUCUCAUCCUGAAGCAAAGUUCUUAACCCAAGGUACUAUUUCUGGGUUAGUGGAGUCUGUAACCUGAAGCGUAUGUAACCCGAGGUACCACUGUAGUUGCUUUGGAAGACGAUAAUCAGGCAUCAGCACAGCACAGAACCUGUAAUGGUCUUGGAAGGAAACUGACCAUUGGAAGAUGCUCCCAAGGGUACGGAUAAUUGGUCCUACUGCUCAGAUUAAUACAACUGCCAAUACUAAAUCAUCCAUAUUACUUUUGUCAUACAGUAAGCCCGCAACUUAUGCAAAGGUUUGUUUCCCCCCCAAAAAAACUUGAAGUCAGAAAGGCCAAAAACGGAGUCAUUUUCUAAAAAAGUAAAAAAAACACCAGCAAAUUGUUGUUGUUGUUAUUGAAUUUAUAUACCGUAUUUUUCGCUCUAUUGGGCGCACUGGACCAUAGGACGCACCAGACCAUAGGAGGGGGAGAAUAGGGGGAAAAAAUUUUCUUGUUCUCCCCCUCAAAAACAAGGUACGUUCAAGGUACGUUCAAGAGCAGGCCUUGCUGCUGCCACCCGAGCUUGUGGGGCUGGCGGUGGGGGGGAAGCGCUGCUUUCCCCUACCGCCAGCUUCAAAGAUCCCUGAAGCCUUUGGAGCGCAGCUGCACUCCAAAGGCUUGAGGCUUUGGGGACAUCCUUUGUAGCCUCCGCAGGGCGGUGGGGUGCCUUCAUCCCGCCGCCCUGCGGAGGCUUUGCGCAGCCCUCCCGAAGCUGGAACAGCGAGACGGAGGUCUGCGCAGCACCCCGUCUCGCUGCUUUGGCUUUGGGGACAGCAGGCUGCUCUCCGCAAGCCUUGGGAGCCCGGCAGGAACUCCCGCUGGGCUCCGCAGGCUUGCGGAGAGCUGCCCGAGCCCGGGUGCACAGCACCACGCUCCCGGGCUUCGGGCUGCAGGCAGCUGUCCGCAAGCUUGCAGAGCCCAGCGGGAGUUCCCGCCGGGCUCCGCAGGCUUGCGGAUAGCUUCCUGAAGCCUGGAAUGCGAGAGGGGUCGAUGCACACCGACGCCUCUCGCUCUCCAGGCUUCAGUGAAAGCCUGCAUUCACUCCAUAGGACGCACACACUUUCCCCCUUCAUUUUUGGAGGGGGAAAAGUGUGUCCUAUAGAGCAAAAAAUACGGUACCACCCUAUACCUGGGGGUCUCAGGGCAGUUCCCAGAGUAAAAUCAAGAUAUAAAACCACAAAAGACCUAACAAGAAUAAAAACAACAACCGAAUAGCCCCCCCAAAAAAGAAACAUUUUAAAAGGGCAUAGGGUGUAAGUUGGGUCAACCAAAGGCCUGGUUAAAAAGGAAGGUUUUUGCUUGGUGCCUAAAGAUGUAUAAUGAAGCCACCAGGCAAACUACCAUGGGGAGAGCAUACCACAGAUGGGGAGCCACUGCAGAAAAGGCCCUGUUCUCGUGUUGCCACCUUCCGGACCUCUCGAGGAGGAGGCACAUGAAGGAGGGCCUGAGCAGAUGAUCUCAGGGUCCGGGUAGGUUCAUAUGGGGAGAGGUGAUUCUUGAGGUGUUGGGGUCCUGAGCCGUUUAAGGCUUUAUAGGCUGUGGGCUUUCUGUACUCCUCCCCAACUUAGUUGCUGCCUUUGUUCCCCUUUCCAGCUCCCCUAGGCAAAGGCGAUGUUUCAGGGAACUUCCUUGGUCCUUAAACCCCUGCCCCUGAUUUUCAUUCUCUCCCUGCAAUUCCUCUGUCAUCAACAGGAGCUUCUCCCCUCCCAAAUCCGGACGUGAAGAGUCGUGUGGCGCCUCGGAGCGCCUCGAGGGCGAUGCGGUGCUUCUGGCUGCUGCUGGUGCUAGUGGUGGGCUUGGUGCUGAGAGGUGCUGCCACCCCAUCAGAAGACACAAAUUCAAGAGGGGCAGGUGAUGGCAGCCCCAAGGAUGCAGCCAAGCAGGAGACACAGGUGAGGGCACAGAGCAGAUGAGCAGGCUCUCUGGGGCACCAAGUUGUUCGAAAUAGAAACUUGGACCUGACUUUCUAGCUCAUAGUCAGCCUGGGCCACUGUUUCACCUAGGUGAGAUGUUUGUGUCCUGCCAGGGUCUCACUGAGCACCCAUUUAGCUGUUGCACUCUGUACUAGAGGCAGCUUCUGAACCAAGCACAGGGGCAGCCACAAGUAUAGCGCAUUGCAGUAAUCUUGUUGGCAUCUGUCUGUCUUGAGGGAGGGGAGGAAUCGUGCACUAGUACUCAGCAUCCUAAGGCACUUGCCAGGACACCAACACCUGCCUUGGGACCCCUUCAUUCCCCCCCUCCACCUCUGGCUUGGCAUCCUGAGCAGGCAGGUAAGCCAUUCUAAUGAUUUCCCACAAUGCCCGUGACUUAGCAUCAGCGUGGCGCAUUGCCGGAAACCGAAAGCAGGGCUAGGCUCGGCUUCUCGGUUCUGCCGCUGCAACAAGAGAACCACAUCCGGGAGCCACGAACAGAAGACAAAUGGCCCUCCUCGAACCUGACCCUCAUUGGGGACUUGGAAAUCCCACCCCUUGACUGACCACCUGGCCUCUUUCCAUUCGCUUUAUUUCCAUAUCAUUUUUAUUAAAUCUCCAAAAAUAUUCCAAACUCUCUCUCUCUCUCUCUCUCUCUCUCUCUCUGGUGUGUGUGUGUGUGUGUGUGUGUGUGUGUGUAUCAUUGACUUCCCACCCCUCCUUUCCUAAUUUUUGUUUUUACUCCUUUUGCUGUUUUACAACACGUUUUAAUUUUCUGAACACCGCUGUCAUUAACUCUUUCGAUAACCACUGCUUAUAUUUCAAUAUAAGCGGGCAGAGGGCCUUCUCGGUAGUGGCUCCCGCCCUGAGGACACCCUCCCAUCAGAUGUCAAGGAAAUAAACCACUAUCUGACUUUUAGAAGACAUCUGAAGGCAGCUCUGUUUUGGGAAGUUUUUUGUUUGAUGUUUUAUUGUAUUUUUAAUAUUCUGUUGGGACCCACCCAGAGUGGCUGCGGAAACCCAGCCAGCUGGGUGGGAUAUAAGUAAUUAAUUAUUCUAUUAUUAUUAUUAUUAUUAUUAUCAUUAUCAUCUCCUGCCAGCGACUUCAUGUAUGAAUGAUAAUUUGAUAGAUAAUCCAUCCGUGGUCUCCAUUCUCCCUUAAACACUUUGCCAUUACGUCCCCUUCGUUUUUGCAGUCCAUCCCACCAUUUCAGCAUAGCCCCUCAGUUUCCUAAGGCAUUCCUCCUCACUUGGUCCUUACCCUUCCGUGCAUAUAAAGUUCUAGCUCAGGAAUAGGCAAACUUGGCCCUCCAGCUUUUUUGGGGACUACAACUCCCAUCACCCCUAGCUAACAGGGAUGAUGGGAGUUGUAGUCCCAAAAAAAGCUGGAGGGCCGAGUUUGCCUAUUCCUGAGCUGUUGUUGGCGGCCUCUUCGCGUUCUCACCGCCUCCCACGGAUCUUUCCGCUGCAGGAAGCGAAGGUGAUCCACGGCAUGUGCUACGUGGCCAGAUGCGUCAAAGGGCACUGGGACGUCAGGUGGAAGUCCGGGUGCAGGACCAGUUUGAUCCAUCCCCAUCGCCUUCAUCCGCCAAGAGGCACUUGCAACCAUCAUGGCAGCUAGCAAGGCAUCCUUUGUAGCCUCCCUUCUCUCCCCCAAACCAGCCUCCUAAGACGCGCACAAACUGGUCCAGGAAAUGUGAACGAGAGCGGCCAGUCUUUGCGCAAAAGGCACAGCAAUGCCAGAACAUUGCCUCUCCAUCUCUUGGAAAGGUUCGCCACGACGCUUCCUUUUAAAACUUGCCAAGCACACUUUGCACCGAUGCUGCCUCCCACGGAAUCAGACCAUCGGUCCACGAAGUUCAACGCUUUCUACAUGGACGGGCCGUUUCUCAGAGAGCUGGAGGGAGCCCAGCAUCAAACCCACCCAGGAUUGAGUUAAGCAUCUUCCAGCUUCGGCUACGAGGGGACCUGCCCGCCGCCAAUACCCACCAGCUGUUUUCCCCAGCAGCAACAGAAGGAGCACGAGCGACGCUAUUCCACAUUUUUCGUUCAUUUUUGCGUAGGUACUUCUGUUCUGUGUCUGCUUAGGUUUCGUUUAGACGUACGUGUGCGUUGUUACUUUUGUGCAUUAAUAAACCCUCGCCUGUAAGAGUG